AUGGAGACCGAGGCCGAGCCCGCGCGGCCGGGAAGGGUUGCCAUGGAGACCACUCCGGGGCUGGGGCUCCUGAGCCCUGGCGUACAGCUGCCUCAGAACCCGGUGGAGCCGCGGUGCGAGGCCGGUGCUGUGGUGGCGGCGGCAUGCUGGGACCUGAGGAAAUACUCUUUGCUCAUUGUGAUCGGCGAUAUCGGUACCGAGAGUCAGCUGAGGGCCGUGCGGGCCCACCUUGAACAAGGGAUUCUCUCCUGGAACAUUGACUUAUCAUCCUUUGACUUGAACCAACAGUUGAGACUCUUCAUUACCCGGCAUUUAGCACACUUCUCCUCAGAGGUCAAAGGCCAGAGGACCCUCUGCCACCAGAGUGAGAUCCUAGAAACCACCAUCCUGGUCAACCCCAAUGCAGACAGCAUCAGCUCUGAGGUUCAUCAUCUCCUUAGCAGCCCAUCAGCUCACAAACUGCUGAUCUUGAGUGGACAAAGUUUAGAACCUGAGGGAGACCUAAUCCUACAGAGUGGUACCUAUUCCUACCAAAAAUUUGCCCAGGUCCUUCACAAUCCAGAGAUUGCCCAAUUGCUCAGCAAUAGAGACCCUGGGAUCCAGGCCUUCCUCACUGUGUCCUGCUUAGGGGAGGGUGAUUGGAGCCAUCUGGGACUGUGCAGUUCCCAAGAGACCCUGCACCUCCGGCUAAACCCUGAGCCCAUACUACCCACCAUGGAUGGUGUGGCUGAGUUCUCCGAGUACGUCUCUGAGACUGUGGAUGUGCCAUCCCCCUUUGACCUGCUUGAACCCCCGACCUCGGGGGGCUUCCUCAAGCUUUCCAAGCCUUGCUGCUAUAUCUUCCCGGGUGGCCGUGGGGACUCUGCUCUCUUUGCUGUCAAUGGUUUCAACAUCCUGGUGGAUGGUGGUUCUGAUCGCAAGUCCUGCUUCUGGAAGCUGGUGCGGCACCUGGACCGCAUCGACUCAGUCCUGCUCACGCACAUUGGGGCAGACAAUCUACCAGGCAUCAAUGGACUCCUGCAGCGCAAAGUGGCAGAGCUAGAGGAGGAGCAGUCCCAGGGCUCCAGCAGUUACAGCGACUGGGUGAAGAAUCUCAUCUCCCCUGAGCUUGGAGUUGUAUUCUUCAAUGUACCAGAUAAGCUCCGGCUGCCUGAUGCCUCCCGGAAGGCCAAGCGCAGCAUUGAGGAGGCAUGCCUCACUCUUCAGCACCUAAACCGCCUAGGCAUCCAGGCUGAGCCUCUGUACCGAGUGGUCAGCAACACCAUUGAGCCACUGACCUUAUUCCACAAAAUGGGUGUGGGCCGGCUGGACAUGUAUGUCCUCAACCCUGUCAAAGACAGCAAGGAGAUGCAGUUCCUCAUGCAGAAGUGGGCAGGCAAUAGUAAAGCCAAGACAGGCAUUGUACUGGCCAAUGGGAAGGAGGCUGAGAUUUCUGUGCCCUACCUGACCUCUAUCACUGCUCUGGUGGUCUGGCUACCAGCUAACCCUACUGAGAAGAUUGUGCGUGUGCUUUUUCCAGGAAAUGCUCCCCAGAACAAGAUCUUGGAGGGCCUGGAAAAGCUUCGGCACCUGGAUUUCCUGCGCUACCCUGUGGCCACACAGAAGGACCUGGCUGCUGGGGCUGUGCCUGCCAACCUGAAACCCAGCAAAAUCAAACAGCGGGCUGACAGCAAGGAAAGCCUCAAAGCUACUGCCAAGACAGUAGCCAGCAAACUGGCCAAACGGGAGGAAGUGGCAGAAGAGGGAGCCAAGGAGGCCCGUUCCGAACUGGCCAAGGAGUUAACAAAGACAGAAAAGAAGGCAAAAGAGCCAUCUGAAAAGGCCCUGGAGAAGCCUGCCAAGCCUGAGAGAGUGAGAACAGAGUCAAGUGAGGCACUGAAGGCAGAGAAGCGAAAGCUGAUCAAAGACAAAGUGGGGAAGAAGCACCUGAAAGAAAAGAUAUCAAAGCUGGAAGAGAAAAAAGACAAGGAGAAAAAAGAGAUCAAGAAGGAGAGAAGGGAGUUCAAGAAAGAUGAAGGAAGGAAAGAGGAGAAGAAGGAUGCUAAGAAGGAGGAGAAAAGAAAGGACACCAAACCUGAGGUCAAAAAAAUUUCUAAACCAGACCUGAAGCCCUUUACUCCUGAGGUCCGUAAAACACUCUACAAAGCCAAGGCCCCUGGAAGAAUGAAGAUGGACAAGAACAGAGCUUCGCGUGGAGAGAAGGAGCCAUCUUCUGAGCCCCGGACCCCCCCAGCCCAUAAAGGGGCUGCACAACUCCCAACUGUCAGUGGACACAGAGAGCUGGCCUUUUCCUCACCAGAGGACCUCACACAGGACUUUGAGGAGUUGAAGCAUGAGGAGAGACGUUUUCUGGCUGAACAAAGGGACACAGGAGUAGGAGACAAACCACUCCCUGUAGACACUGCAGAGGAGGGACACCCAAGCCCAGCUAUCCCGGGAGCACAACCCUCUGCCUGGGGGCUAGAACAAGAAGCGCAUGUGAUACAGGAGAAAGAAAUUGUCCUAGACAUUCCUGAGGAGAAAGGCAACAAGGACAGAGGUCCAGACUCUAGGACUGAGAAAGAGGAAGAGAAAGAGAUCUGUGAGGAAAAGAAACUGCAGGAAACAGAGAUGCUCCCAGACCAAGCUGAAGCCAGAGAGGAAAGUGAACCUGAGGCAAAGGAGGAUGUGAUUGAAAAAGCCGAGUUAGAAGAAAUGGAGGAGGAACGUCCUUCAGAUGAAGAGGAAGAAGAGGAGACAAAGGCUGAGAGUUUUUAUCAAAAACAUAUGCAAGAAGCCUUGAAGGUAAUCCCAAAGGGCAGGGAAGUUCUUGGAGGCCGAGAACUGGGAUUUCAGGGUAAGGCCCCUGAGAAGGAGACCUCAUCAUUCCUUAGCAGUCUGGCCACACCUGCAGGAGCCGCUGAGCAUGUCUCUUACAUUCAAGAUGAGACGAUUCCUGGCUACUCAGAGACUGAGCAGACCAUCUCAGAUGAGGAGAUCCAUGAUGAGCCAGAGGAACGGCCUGCUCCCCCCAGAUUCCCUCCAAGUACCUAUGACCUCUCCGGGCCUGAAGGCCCUGGCACCUUUGAAGCCAGUCAGCCAGACAGUUCUAUUCCUGCCACCUCAAGCAAAACGUACGGAGCACCUGAGGCUGAACUCACCUACCCUCCCAACAUGGUGGCUGCCCCUUUGGCUGAAGAGGAACACGUGUCCUCAGCCACUUCAAUCACUGAGUGUGACAAGCUUUCUUCCUUUGCCACAUCAGUGGCUGAGGACCAGUCUGCUGCCUCACUCACAGCUCCCCAGACAGAGGAGACAGGCAAGAGCUCCUUACUGCUCGACACUGUCACAAGUAUCCCCUCUUCCCGCACUGAAGCCACUCAGGGUUUGGACUAUGUGCCAUCAGCUGGUACCAUAUCACCCACCUCUUCACUAGAAGAAGACAAGGGCUUCAAAUCCCCACCCUGUGAGGACUUCUCUGGGACUGGGGAAUCCGAGAAGAAAGGAGAGGCUGGAGUGAGAGGCUUGGUUGGGGAGAGAGUCGUGAAAGAUGAGGAAAGGACACAUGUAGUAAUGUCUGAGAAACUUCAUAGUCAGUAUGGAGCCCCCAUGUUUGCUGCCUCUGGACACGUACUACAUCCAGGGGAACUAGCCCCUGGAGAAGUGGAGGAACGGUGCCUCAGCCCAGACGACAGCACAGUGAAGAUGGCUUCUCCUCCACCAUCCGGCCCGCCCAGCACAACCCACACACCCUUUCAUCAGUCCCCAGUGGAAGAAAAGUCAGAGCCUCAAGACUUUCAAGAAGGUUCCUGGGGAGACACUGAGCAUGUGUCAGAUAGUGAAAAGCAGGUAAUCCAACCAAGGCCUGAAGAGGAGGGGAAAGUACCUCCUCCCAGGAGACCCAAGGCCCAGGAUGUACCAGUCAGCGUUGUUGGGGGGCAAACUGGAUGUACCAUUCAACUCUUGCCAGAACAAGACAAAGCAAUAGUCUUUGAGACUAUGGAGACAAGAAUUGAGCCCUCAGUGGCAAUUCUUGGAGCAGAAGCCUUUCCUAAAGAAUUGAGGACAUCGCUCCAAGAACCUUGUGAACCUCAGAAAGAUGAGGGGCUCCAACUUCCUGAUCAGAGCCUCUCCCCUGAAGAUGCAGAGUCCUUGUCUGUUCUCAGUGUAGUCUCUGUAGACACUGCUAAACAAGAAGCCACUCCCAGGUCUCCCUGUGGCCUGAAAGAACAGCACCUACACAAAGACCUUUGGCCAGAGGUGUCUCCAGAAGACACCCAGUCACUUUCUCUCUCAGAAGAGAGUCCCAGCAAGGAGACUUCUCUGGAUAUCUCUUCAAAGCAGCUCUCUCCAGAAAGCCUUGGUACCCUCCAGUUUGGGGAACUAAGCCUUGGAAAGGAAGAAAAGCAGCCUUUGAUGCAGGCUGAGCUCACCUUUCACCACCCAGCUCCCGUGUCUAUUUCAGAGCAAUAUGCAGCCACAGUGUCACCUCCCAUAGGUGGUGGGACAUACUCAACACAGACAGAUGUCACAGAUGAGAGCCCUACUGGAAAAUUACCUGCCAGCUCCUCCUCUCACUCUACACCGUUGGAAGACAGAAAACACUCACCUGGGGAGGUCACAGGGCCUGGCGAAUACAUUCGGGCAUCUGAUAGCUCCCUCACCAAGAGUCCUGAAUCCUUGCCAAGCCCUGCCAUGGAGGACAUUGCCAUAGAAUGGGAAAGUAAAGUUCCGGGGUUGCAAGACAGAAUUCCAGACCAAAAAGACAAGGAACUUAAGCCAAAAGGUGAAAUUCUGCAGCAGGACAAAACUCUGCAGGAGCAAGAUGCUGUUGUACAGCAGGAGGGUGCAGCCAUGCCUCAGAAGGAUGCGGCUCUGGAGGAGAAGAACAAGGCUAUGGGACAGCAGGGCAAGACUUUAGAAGAAAAAGGCAAAGACACAGACCGAAAGGCUGCAGCUGUGGAACAAAAGGACAAAGACAAAGAUGUCGAUCAAAAAGACAAGGUCCCAGGACAAGAUGGCAAGAUCCUAGAAGAAGACAAGGCCUUAGAACAAAAAGACAUAACCCUGAAGCAGGAGCAGGCUCUUGAGCCAAAAGACAAAGAACAAAAACACAAGGUCUUGGAACAGAAAGAAAAGGCCCUGGAAGAGAAAAAUAAAACCUUAGAACAAGUGCAAGACUCUGAAGAGAAAGACAAGGCUUCCAAGAACAGGAUCCCGGAACCAAAAGGUGAGAUUCUGGAACAGAAGGACACAACUCUCGAACAAAAAAGCAAGCUCCAAGAUGACACCUUAAUAAAGAAAUAUCAGGCCUUAGAACAAAAAUACUGGGCUUUAGAAAAGGAGGAAGCCUUGGAGCAAGACAACAAGGCUGUUGAACAGACAGACGAGAACCUGGAAGAGAAGGAUAAAACUCAAGGGCAGAAGAGCUCUUUGCAGGAUGAUAAAACAAUGAAGCCAAAGGAGACAAUCCUAGACAAAAAGUCUCCAGAAAAGGUCAAGGCCGUGGGACAGAAGGAAGAGGCUGUUCUGGAGAAGACCAGUGCUCCAAAACUGGAAGAGAGCCUAAUGCAGGAAGGCAGGGCCAGAGAGCAGGAUGAGAAGUGCUGGAAGGAGCAGGAUGUGGCCCAGGGAUGGCAAGAAACAACUCCAACCAGAGAGGAGCCAGUCAGAGAGCACAAAGAGCCUGUCCCAGCCUGGGAGGGCACUUCUCUGGAGCAGGAAGUCCGGUAUUGGAGAGGCAGAGAAGAUGUGACCUUGGAACAGGAUGCGUACUGGAGGGAGCUAAGCUGUGAGAGGAAAGUAUGGUUCCCUCAUGAGAUGGAUGGUCAGGGGGCCCGCCCACGGUAUGCUGAGGAACGGGAAAGUACUUUUCUUGAUGAGGGGCCAGAUGAGCAAGACGUGUCCCAACUGCAGCACACUCCCCAGAGCCCCUGGACUUCAGACUUCAAGGGUUUCCAGGCACCCUCAUCACAGAAGGGGCUAGAAGUGCAGCGCUGGCUUGCAGAGUCACCAGUUGGGCUGCCACCAGAGGAAGAAGAUAAGGUGACUCGCUCUCCCUUUGAGAUCAUCUCUCCUCCAUCCUCCCCACCUGAGAUGGCUGGAGAGACAGUUCCUUCAGUGUCAGGACAAGAAAGUCCUAUCCCAGACACUAAACCCAUGCCACCCAUGAGGAAUGAACCUACCACCCCGUCAUGGCUAGCUGAAAUCCCACCGUGGGUACCUAAGGAUAGGCCCCUCCCCCCCGCACCUCUCUCCCCAGCUCCCGAUCCUCCCACACCUGCCCCGGAGCCACACAUUCCUGUGCCCUUCUCCUGGGGCAUAGGUGAGUACGACAGUGUGGUGGCUGCAGUUCAGGAGGGGGCAGCUGAGCUGGAAGGUGGACCGUACUCUCCCCUGGGGAAGGACUACAGAAAAGCUGAAGGGGAAAAGGAAGAAGAGGGUGGGGCUGGAGCCCUUGUCAGCAGCCCCUACAGUUCAAAGGUCCUAGAGGCCAGUGAAAGUCAUGCCCCCAAGGAAAUCCCGCAGACAGAACCAGAGCAGAGAGAGCCCACACCCUAUCCUGAUGAGAAGAGUUUUCAGUACACAGACAUCUAUGAACAGAUGAUGCUCACUGAGCUGGGCCCUGCGUGCCCCACUAGGGAGCCUCCACUGGGAGCAGCUGGGGAUUGGUCCCCACACCUUUCAACUAAGGAGGAAGCUGCUGGCCGCAACACAUCUGCAGAGAAGGAACUUUCCUCUCCCGUCUCACCCAGAGGCCUCCGAUCUGACACCCCGACCUUUAGCUAUGCAGCCCUGGCAGGGCCAACUGUACCCACCAGGCAAGAUCCAGGGUCAGAUGUAGAGUCCAGUCUCAUCCCACCUGCAGUACCCCCUCGUGCUCCUAUCCUCCUGAGCAAAGACCCAAGCCCCCCUGUUAAUGGUAACAUCCUGAGCUGCAGCCCAGAUAGGAGGACCCCGUCCCCCAAAGAAUCAAGCCGGGGUCACUGGGAAGACAGCACCAGUGACUCAGAGCUGGAAAAGGGAGCUCGGGAACAGCCAGAGAAAGAGCCCCAGUCCCCAAGUCCGCCUCACCCCUUUCCUGUGGAAGCCCCCUCCUUGUGGCCUGAAGCUGAGGUGCAUACCAGGCCUCCCUCAGACUCACACUUGUGUUCUACUCGACCUAGCUUGGACUUCCCUGCCUCAGCCUUUGGCUUCUCCUCCUUGCAGCCCGCACCCCCUCAGCUGCCCUCUCCUGCCGAACCCCGCUCAGCACCCUGUGGCUCCCUUGCCUUCUCUGGGGACCGAGCUCUGGCUCUGGCUCCUGGACCCCCUACCAGAACCCGGCAUGAUGAGUACCUGGAAGUGACCAAGGCCCCUAGCCUGGACUCCUCACUGCCCCAGCUCCCAUCACCUAGCUCUUCCGGAGCCCCUCUCCUCUCCAAUCUGCCCAGACCUGCCUCGCCAGCCGUGUCUGAAGGGUCCUCCUCUGAGGCCACCACACCUGUGAUUUCAAGUGUGGCUGAAUGCUUCCCUCCAAGUGUGGAGCCUACAAAACAAGGGUCUGGCGAGUUGGGCCCAGGAGUGGCACCAGCUGCUCCCAGCCUGUGGGACCUCACACCUCAGAGCCCAGAACCCCCAGCUUCACCAGACUUAGCCUCAGUUCCAGCUCCAAGCCUUCCUGGAGACAAGGAUGAUGGGCCCCUGCCCUGUGGCCUGGAGUGUUCAGGAGAAGCUGCCAAGAUGCUCAGCCCCUUCCAGGACCCCUCUGGGGAUUGUGCAGCCAAUGGCCCAACUGAAACCAGCCGGGAUCCUCCAGGCCCUGCCACAGCCAAGAGAGAGAAAGAAGCAGCCUCAGCCUGUCCUGCUUGGGAACGAGGGGCCUGGCCUCAGGGAGCUGAAAGGAGCUCCCCACCUGACACACUUCUCACAUCUGAGCAGCCAUUGUGUCCUGGAGGGAGCUCCGGGGUCCCACCCCGCAGUGUUACUCCUGAAGUUGAGGCCGGACCUCAGCAAUGUGCUGUGGAGCCCCAGCCUUACCGUGGAGAGCUCUCUCCAUCCUUCCUGAACCCACCUCUACCCCCAGCCACGGAUGACAGUGACCUUUCAACUGAAGAAGCUCAGCUGGUAGGAAGAGGAGGGGGGCGGCGCCGGGCAGGGAGGCCAGGGGCCCCGGGGGGUCCUGUGGCUGAUGAGACACCCCCCACAUCAGCCAGUGACUCUGGCUCCUCACAGUCAGAUUCUGAUGUCCCACCAGAAACUGAAGAGUGUCCAUCCAUCACAGCUGAGGCAGUCCUAGACUCAGAUGAAGAUGGGGACUUCUUGCCUGUGGACAAAGCUGGGGGGGUCAGCGGAACUCACCAUCCCAGACCUGGCCAUGACCCACCCCCUACCCCACAGCCAGACCCUCACCCAUCCCCUCCCCGCCCAGACGUGUGCAUGGCUGACCCUGAGGGGCUCAGCUCCGAGUCCGGGCGGGUAGAGAGACUGCGGGAAAAAGAGAAGGUACAGGGGCGAGCAGGGCGCAAGCCCCCAGGCCGGGCCAAGCCAGCUUCUCCUGCACGGCGCCUGGAUCUUCGGGGAAAACGGUCACCCACCCCUGGUAAAGGGCCUGUAGAUAGAGCAUCUCGGGCCCCACCCAGACCACGCAGCACUCCAAGCCAGGUCACCUCUGCAGAGGAAAAGGAUGGACACAGUCCCAUGUCCAGAGGCUUGGUCAACGGACUCAAGGCAGGACCUGUGGCCUUGGGUUCUAAGGGCGGUUCUGGCCCUCCUGUGUAUGUGGACCUCGCCUAUAUCCCAAAUCACUGCAGUGGUAAGACCGCUGACCUUGACUUCUUCCGCCGAGUGCGCGCGUCCUACUACGUGGUCAGUGGGAAUGACCCUGCCAAUGGCGAGCCAAGCCGGGCUGUGCUGGAUGCCCUGCUGGAGGGAAAGGCUCAGUGGGGGGAGAAUCUUCAGGUGACUCUGAUCCCCACUCAUGACACAGAGGUGACUCGUGAAUGGUACCAGCAGACUCAUGAGCAGCAGCAGCAACUCAACGUCCUGGUCUUGGCCAGCAGCAGCACUGUGGUCAUGCAGGAUGAGUCCUUCCCAGCCUGCAAGAUUGAGUUCUGAAAGAAUCACCCCCUUCCCCAAGGAUCCGCUCCUGCAGCUCCUUUAGUGAAUGGCUACUGCUGAGUCUUUUGGGGUUGAGGGAAAUGGGGCUGGAGGGGAUAGUGCUGUGUUGUGAGGACUUGGGCUGGACUAAGUGGGAGGUAUUAUCUUUCUCCCUCAUCUGUUCCUGGAAGGGGGGGGGCGUCUCAAAACCAAAGGUAACAGGGACAGGAUAGGAAGAGGACACAAGAUAGGAAGUCAUCUGAUGCCUGAAACCCCUGGAGUGACACCUUCUCCUACCACCGCCAAGUAUUGACUGGUAUUGGAUGAGUGAGGGGAGGUCUCAGAGCAACCCCCCUCCCAUGGAGAAGAUCAAUUCUCUUUAUUUAUUUAGCACUCCAGAAAAGCUUUCCAAUAAUUGACAUGGCCUGGGGGAGAACACUGUCAGAGGUGCCCAGAGCUGCACCCUUUCCUCCAUCUUCCAUCUGUUAGCCACCAGGCUCUGGGUUCUAGCAAAGGCCUGUGGGAUAGCUAUUACACUAUCCUGAUGCUUUCCUCACUAUCUGUGUCAUUUCAAGACUAGAAGCUGUUUAGUCUGGGGAAAGGAGAAAGGAGCUUGUCUCCCAGCCCUUGCCUUAUACCAUUCAUAACCUACAACUGUGCCCAGACCAGGCCAACCUGGCAGCACAAAAGGGCAAGGAGAGCCCCAACCCCAAUCCCAGAAUUCUCCCAAGCUCCCCGACCCUUUGGAGUCCUCACCCAUCCCAUUCCAAUUACCCUGAUCCCUUCUCAUCCCCUGCUUGGCUUCUCUGCAUGUGGUCAUCUGCUGUGGCCUGGUGUGUAAUGGGUUAAAAAUAAGCCACUGCCUGACAUCCCAACAUUUGACACUUCAGCCAUGUGUGACUACCCUAUACCCCUCUGCCAUCCUGCAGCUGAAAUUGGAACGCUGGCUGUUUCUCCAAACUCAAACUCUUGGACAGAAGAUCGGGAGGUGGAGGCCAGCCAGAGGACUUGGGGAAAAUGAGGGAGGAAGGAAAUAGAGAUAAAGCUGAGCUAUAGCUUACCUCCCACAAAGUAAAGUGAAGAUAGGCUGAAAGUUCCACUCUAGGAGAGGACCUCACCCCAAGCCAGCCAGUGAGCAUCUGUGCCAGAUGACUGGGGGACUGGGAAACUCAGGCGCUGAUAGUCACUGGGGCUUGCCUUCUUUGUCAAGUGACUAGGAAACUAAAAGGAGCCCACCCUGUGUUUUUCCUAGCCCCUCUCCCUGCUGCUGUGCUCUGCUCCUCCCCACACUUCCCUGCUAUAGUUCCCAGCUGCUGUAACAGAGCGCCUCCAAGUCUUAACAAUAAAUCAAGUUCAUUGCA